AUGCCACUACAAAAAGAACCCAGAGGUGUUGGCUCUAUGCUGAAAAUAGGUGAUGUUGGCGAGAGUUCUAACUUUAAUCCAGUGGAACAUGUCGUUGAGGAUACGUUUCUUAGGGAUUUGAUUCCCCCAAGAAGUGUUCCUACCAGAAGGAACAAUGUUCAAACACCCGUUGAAGAGGGUGAAGUGAUGUUUGAGGGUGGUGCGGAUCCAAUGGAAGUAGACGAUUAUAUGGAUCAAGUUGAAACUCAAUUGACCUCUAUGAAUGUGACGAAUGAUUAUGUGAAAAUCAUCAUAGCCACUUACAAGUUUUCCAAGGACGCCAAGCUUUGGUGGAAGUUGAUCACAAAUCAAAUCGAGGGGUAUCACAAUAGGUUCAAAGAGUUGUUCUAUGAAAAGUAUUUCCCUGCUCCCAAGAGGUGGGAACUAAGGGACCAGUUUAAUGGCUUUAUCCAAAGCAAUAUGUCUGUGACGGAGUACGAGAACAAGUUCACCUCUUUCUCUCAUUUUGCUCUAGAGAUGGUGAACAAUGAAGUUGAAAAGACUAGGAAAUUUGUCUCCGGGCUUGAUUACAAAAUAAGGCCGCUAAUAACGGCACAAUACAUCAAGGUUUAUUCUGAGGCUGUGGAAAGAUCAUUGAUGCUAGAAGCGGAGGCCAAAAAUAAAGAUGCAAGAAAGGAACAGUGA